AUGGAUGGGAGUGACAGGGUUCCCCGGGAAGCCCUGGGCACAGGCACUGGUGGAAACCUGCCCUGCUGGGAGGCAGCCAGGCCUUCCCCGGCUUCUCCGAGGAGCCACUGCUGCCUCCAUCCUGUCCUGCUUCUGGGGCUGACAUCGGGCCCUGACUGCCCACCCAUCAUGCCAGAGGAGGCCCAGGAAGACACCAUGGCACCGGCACCGGCGCUGAGCCCGGGGAACCGGGCAUCACUGGCCAACCACGUGCAGGAGGUGCGCCUGCUCCGGGUGGAGUCCAUCAGCGACCUGCACAGCGGAGGCCUGCUGUGCCCCUACCUGGCCGAGGAGGCGCAGCCGUGGGGUGAGCUGCUGGGCCUCCUGCCUCCCGGCUGCGGCCGAGGGGGCUUCCUGAUGCUGCUCGCUCUGCUGGUGCUCGCCUGCCUGGCGCUGGCCAUCCUGGGGGUCUACCUGAGCGUGCUGCAGAGCGAAUCCCUCCACACAAUGGCGCAUACCCUGCACGCGCAGGAGGAGACCAUACUCAGGCUGCGGCUGGCCAGCCUCAGCCAGCUGCGGCGGCUCAACGCCAGCGAGGCCCGGGGGCCCAGCUGAGACGGGCCUGGCCUGGAGUCGGGGUGUGUGUGGGGAAUAAACUGGCCCGUGGCAGGUCCCUCCUCUCCCUCUGCUGCUCCACACCACGUCCUUGGGAGGUUUCUGUGCCAGAGCAGGAUCUGGCCCCACAGCUGACCGCCCGCCGGGCUUCUUCGGGCUGGGCCUGGCCACGGCUCCCGGGCCAAGGCCCUGCUUCGGGUGGCCCAAGGUCAGGGGACGCGAUGCCAGCGCCAGGCUCUUCCUGGGGCCGCCAGCAUGCCGUGGCCUCCCCGAGAGCAGGUUCUGAAGUCUAGAAACAGCUGCCCCACCCCACUCACCCCAACCUGGCCAGGCUUCCCAGAGGGGUUCCGGCCUCAGCUCUCAGGACAGGCCAGGCUGAGCAGGAGGGCCACCUGGGGAGGCUCCGGAGGGCACAGCAAGGCGGGGCUGGGAAGAGUGAGCUGGGCCCCAGCUGGG